AUGAGUAAAAUUGUAAGACAACGUGUUAGCAUGCACGAUGAAUCAACUAGUAUCUCUUUAUAAUCCAAAAAUGUAAAUAAAAAGAGUAAUUAUAUAUCAAUAAUCUUUAGAAAAUGCCCAUCGUAAGCGCUAACCUAUAAAAUAAUUGAUUUGUAUUGUAUCAGUGCCAAAAUCAGUUGGAGAAUACGUCUAUAUUAAAGCGGAUGUGGAACUAAAGUUAGCUCUCUCUUUUAUACCUGACCACUGUUUAGGAAGUCUAAAAGAGACACCUUGUACCUACAACCAUCGUGUUACUCGCACUGAUUAACUUGAUGAUGUUUAUUUUUAUACUCUCGAACUUCUCGACCAAGACAAUUAUUCCAUCGAAUAAAUUAUUAAUCUUCUUUCUCAUAAAGAUGAUCCAUGUGCUUAAUUGGCAAUCUAACUUGUAAAUUAAAGAUUUAACAUACUAAAUGAAUACACACAACAUUAUUAUAUUUCAAAUGAAGAAUUGUUAGAAGUUGAACAAAUAGCUAAAGAUUAUCCAUAUUAAUGUAUAAUUUAAAAAGUGAAUAAGGAAAAUAGUUCACUAUCAUAAAGAAUAGUUAAUGAUCAAUUUUAUACACUUAUGGGAGUGA